AUUCUCCAUCAACACAUCAACUCAACAGUCCAUCCAUCGUCUUUACCUACACUCUACCCGGGUACCCAUCAAACCAGCGAAUUCCUUCAAACUUCAGCCGCAGUUACUUUACAUACCUCUUCCGAUCAACUUCCGAAUCAACAACUUCAUCAUGCCUGCCAGCGUUGCCUCCUCCGUCUCCACCAUCAUCAAGCCCGCUCCCAUCACCAAGUGCGGCGAGUCCUGCGAAUGCUGCGGUUGCGACGAGUCCUGCUGGUGCAUCGUCAUGUAAACCGAUCAACGGCAGCCACCUUUACAAGCAUGAAGGAUGAAGAAUAGGUCUAUUAGCGAUGGACGGGAGUUUUAGGGGAUAGGAAUACCAAUCUGUGAAUACCUUUAAGUGCUUGUGUUUCCAAAUGAGGCCUCCAUUUGUACUACCCAGGUACUCUGACAGAUCUGCAUCGUCGCAUCACGCAAUGUUUCCUUUCCUCGUCGUCUCCAUAGUCUCUCAAAGUUUUUUUUAUUUUGAUGAGGUGUCAUUUACUUCGGCAACUCCCAUUCGAAACAUCCAAAUCCUACACACA